AUGGCCUACACCGACCAAGAUGACCCUUUCCUCCAAGUCCAAGCCGACGUCCAAUCGACCCUCCAACAAACCCGCCCCCUGUUCUCCUCCUACCUCCGCAUCCGCACCCUAGCCACCUCCGCCACAUCCCCCGAACUGCUACAGUCUCGUUCCGAGCUCCUCAGCACCCUCAGCACCCUCUCUGCCGAUCUCGCCGAUCUGAUCGACGCCGUCAACGCGGUCGAACACGACCCGUAUCGCUUCGGGCUCGAUGUUGUUGAGGUGGGAAGGAGGAGAGAGUUUGUGCGGGAUGUGGGUGGGGAGGUGGAGAGCAUGAGGAGGGAACUGGAGGAUGUGGUUGAGCAUCGUGGCGAUGGUGCCGUGGGGGCCGUGGGCUUGGCGAACGGGAGUGUCGGUAGAGGAAGGAGUGGAAAUGAAUUGCCAGAUCCGAAUAGUUUUGCUGUUAGUGGAGGUGGUGGUGAUGAUGAUGGAGGGGCCGAGGACGCCUACGGGGAGUUUGAGCAUCAGCAGCAGAUCGAGAUGAUGCAUGAGCAGGACGAGCAGUUGGAUGGCGUUUUCAGAACCGUAGGGAAUUUGAGGAUCCAGGCGGAAGAUAUGGGGAGGGAAUUGGAAGAGCAGGACGUGCUGCUGGACGAAGUUGACACGCUUGCGGAUCGGGUGGGAGGGAAGUUGCAGAUUGGAGUCAAGAAAGUGGGACAUAUCAUCAAGAAGAACGAAGAUACGGUGUCGAGCUGCUGUAUUGCAGUUUUGAUCUUCGUGCUCAUACUGCUGCUGAUACUGGUCAUUGUGCUAUGA